AUGGACCUGAAGAACAUCAUAAAAUUAAUAUUUGACUCAACUUUCAUCGCAAUUCCUCAACCCGAUGACUCAACUGAACGUAAAGCGUACUAUCAUGCGAAAAGCCCAACAAACUAUGCGUUAAAAGUGCAAAUAGCUUGUGAUUUUCGUCAUCGAAUAGUGCAUGUGUCGGAAUGUUAUAAAGGCAGUGUACAUGAUAUCACAAUUCUAAGGGAAUCAGGAUUAUUAGAACAUUUAAAUGACUCGGUACAAAUUAUUGCUCACAAAGGUUAUAUCGGCGAAGAAUAUGUCGUCACUCCAAGAAAGAAAUCUCAUGGACGUGAACUGGAAGAAGAAGAUAAAGAAUUCAAUCGAAAUAUUAAUAGCGCUAGAGCAGCUAUUGAAAACAUCAAUCAGCGUCUCAAAACUUAUUCGAUCUUAGGUGGUGUUUACAGGGGAGCUAUUGAUGACUAUCGUAAGAUAACUAAAAUUGUACAAGUUGUUUCUGCUCUUUGUAAUAUGAAUUUGGAUAAAUAUCCUAUUCGUAAAUAA